AUGAUGCAGAGACACCCCCCGACACCGCCCAGCGUGCCGGCUGAGCUGCAGUAUGAGCUCCAUCACCUGGUCCAGCACAAUGCCAACACACCGUACAAGUAUGAGAUCGACGAAUCGCAGUAUGCGCACUCUGGAGCACAGUCCGCGUACGCAUCACCUGGCUCAGUGCAGCACCCACAGGCCAGCGGCCCGUACAUGAGCCCCCAGUACAAUGUCAGCAGUUACCCGGAGCCACAUGGACAGAACGAGGUCGGCCUGGGCAUUUCAAUGCUCUUGACACGGAUGGUUAUGGAGGCCCUGGACCAGUCUACUGUCAUGAUGAUGGGCAGGCCUACCACGGUCUUCCUAUCAGCAACGGCCAGCGAUGGCGGUCGUAGGACCAGGAGUGGCACGUCGGCCGCCCGUACUGCGUCCCCCGUCGCGAAAGCGCGCACGACCAAAUCGAAGAAAAAGUCCGGUGAAAGCAAGACCAAGGUCAAGACACCGAAGCUCACCGCUCCCCUGAGUGUGCUGACGAAGGAUUUUGACCACAUCCCGGUCAAGAACAUGGAGGAGUGGGUCAACAGGCCAGCGGAGCAGCGGAGGGAAGAGGCAGCGAAGCGCAAUGGGUACAUCACGAGGCCUAUGAAUUCCUUCAUGCUCUAUCGAUCGGCGUAUGCGGAGCGCACCAAGAUUUGGUGCCUGCAGAACAACCAUCAGAUCGUGUCUUCUGUGUCUGGCGAGAGUUGGCCGAUGGAGCCUCCAGAGAUCCGCGAACACUACAACGAGUUAGCGAAGAUCGAGCGCAUCAAUCACCAGAAUGCUCACCCGGACUACAAGUUCUCACCCAGCAAGACAACACCGGCUGCGCGCAAGAGGAAAGGCACCUACUCUGAUGAGGACGACAGCGAGCCCAGCGACCUUGACGAUCCAGAUGCAGACUGGAACCCCUCGGCUCGCCGGUCAAGGAACAAGACCCAUAGGCGCCAGCCAACUUUUGACGAGCGCAGCUUUGGCCCGAACAACGGCGUUAACAAAUCGACUUGGGAAGCGACCAACGGAGGCCCUCCCCCAGCGGCUCUGGGUGUGGCGGACAUGCACCGCCAGUACUACCAGACCACAGUCCAUCCGCAUGGCGCAACACCUGGUGUCGAAGACGUCCGCAUGCAUCGCAUGGAGCACCCAGGGAUGCUUCGGCAGCAGCAGACGACGCCCGUCUACCCCAUGAGCCACGCGCUCCUCGGCCUUCCUGGCGGCCAACCGGCCCACGAGCUUCUCCAGCUCGGCUUUCCCCAGGGCAUGGGCACACCUGGUCACGAGCCACAACUCGACCCGAUGCUUCUUGGCCUCGGGCCCGAGCAAGCCUUCCCGCAUGACGACCCGCAGCAGCAGUUCAGUGGCGCGUACGACGAGAUGGGUUACCCAGCCUUCAUGAGCGAGCAGCCACCUGACCAUCAGCCCGCCGAAUGGCAGGUCGAUGCGAGCCUCAUGCCCAUGGAGCCGGCGAGUGAGUUUGAUAAGUGGAUGGACGAGACGACGGCACCGACGAACUAA